AAAGCUUUGAGGGUCAAGUUGCUGUGGCGGGUAGGACUGUGGAAAACAAGAGGCUGCUGAGUGCGUUGGGAGCGACUCGUUCGGCUGUGGAGAAGGAAGGCGGAGGUGCUCGCGAAGGGCUCCUGGUUUACUUCCGUCACCGCGACUAAGCCCUCACUUGAGGGACCGUUGGGCUCCGGCGCCAUGGGCAAAGGCGACCCCAACAAGCCUCGGGGCAAGAUGUCCUCGUACGCGUAUUUCGUCCAGACGUGCCGCGAAGAGCACAAGAAGAAGCACCCGGACUCUUCGGUCAACUUCGCUGAGUUCUCCAAGAAGUGCUCCGAGCGAUGGCGGACAAUGUCUGCAAAAGAAAAGGGCAAGUUUGAAGACAUGGCAAAAGGUGACAAAGCUCGAUAUGAUAGAGAGAUGAAGAACUAUAUUCCCCCUAAAGGAAUGAAGAAGAGAAAGGACCCAAAUGCUCCCAAAAGACCUCCAUCUGCUUUCUUCUUGUUUUGUUCUGAACAUCGUCCAAAGAUAAAAAGUGACCACCCAGGCUUGUCUAUUGGGGAUACAGCAAAAAAAUUAGGCGAAAUGUGGUCUUUGCAGACAGCGAAAGAUAAGCUACCCUUUGAGCAGAAGGCAUUAAAACUGAAGGAGAAAUAUGACAAGGAUAUUGCAGCAUAUCGUGCCAAGGAUAAGAGUGAUGCAGGGAAGAAGGGCCCAGGUAGGCCAACAGGCUCUAAGAAAAAAGCAGAGCCAGAGGAGGAUGAUGAUGACGAGGAAGAGGAGGAGGAAGAAGAAGAGGAUGAGGAGGAAGAAGAAGAUGAAGAGUAAAGUAACCUGAUGUAAAGAUUUGUGCUCAAAAGUCCAUGAUUUUGCUAAGAAUGUGAAGUCGAGUGCAGCUCAUUGUUAGCUUCAGUUAAAAAACUGUACAGAAUUGUGUAUAGGUAAUAUGAUUAUCUGUAGGGAGAUCUGUAUUCUAAUGUAAGUAGUAGCAAAUGGCCACUACUGUUAGAUUUCAAAGCUGAUAUUGGCAAAUGUUCUGGCAUAUUUAAUGGUUCUUUGAAAUUCAGUGACUGCUUGAUUUGGAGCGAAGUAAAGCAUUGGUAGUGAAAUAGUCAACCUUGUCUUGCAUACUAUUGCAUUGUAUUACUUUUUUUAACAAUUUUGUAAUAAAAUGAUGUACAUUAAUCUUGUUACACUGCAGUUAAUUUACUCAGGAAUGAAACAGCUGAGUAUUCUAGUAUAAACCAAACAUGCAUCGUUAAGGUUGUUAAUAAUUUAAAAUAUUAUAUUGCCACAUCUUAGAUGAGAAAUUUGCUGCAAUCUACUUUUUCAAAUUUCAUAUACGUAAUUUUGGGGAUUCCUCUUCAUUAUCUCUGGUUCUUGAAUAACAAUUUGUAAGGAAUUAGGGCUUUCCUAAUGAAGUAUCUUGUGCAAAUCUGGGGGAAACAUUUUCUUGAGGUGGCAUCAGUUUAGAAAGUCAUUGAUAUUACAAUACAACACUGAACCUUGUUGGGAUGAAUGAGAAGAUGUUUAGUUUGCCUUGGAAAGCCAGAUGAUAUUUAGUUAAGAGUUCGGCCAUGAUGUAGCAUAGCCACAUUAUUUACCCAGGUAGUGUGUACUUUAUUCCUCUCAGGCAAUUUUGUGGUUGACUGUAUUAAGCCUUUCAAUACUACAAAUGCUUUAAAGAAUGUUGAGUACA